AUGGCGCUGCACGACCUUGAGGCAUGGUUACCGAGUCCUCAGGCAUGGCCAUGCGACAUUGGCACAACAGAAUGCAAAAAUCGGUUUGUCUUUUCGAAACACGAGCAGAGGCAGCCAAUGGCAGGCCUGGCUGGCUCAGGCGUCGAGAGCCGGAAACAGUUCAAGGGCCUACCUGUCAAAGUUUAA